UUCCGGACAUUACAUUGAGAAAGAAGCAGUUCACUGAUUAAUCGCCGAGUUAUGGUGGAUCACCUGAAUACCCAAGAUGACCCAGGACUUCGGGAGGCCUGUGGGGUGUUUGGUUGUGUGUCACAGGGUGAAUGGCCUACCCAGCUAGACGUAGCCCAUACCAUCUACCUAGGUCUGGUGGGUCUGCAACACAGAGGGCAGGAGAGUGCAGGAAUUGUGACCAGUAUGGGGACAAAUGACUGUAGGUACAUUGUAAGGAAAGGAAUGGGGCUGGUCAGUAACGUGUUUUCAGAAGACGACGUUCAUAAAUUAAAAGGAAACAUUGGAAUAGGUCAUAACCGUUACUCCACCCAGGGAGAGUCUGACACCAUCAAUGUGCAGCCAUUUGUUGUGGAGACCAUACACGGACUGAUAGCAGUUGCUCACAAUGGGGAGCUUGUAAAUGCAAAGAAACUGAAACAAAAGCUGAUGAAGCACGGAGUUGGCCUGUCCACAGGAACAGACAGUGAGUUAAUAACACAACUUUUGACACAUACCCCAGAGUGUGGGGAACCUCAUGGUGCCAAUUGGGUUGAAAGAAUUAAGAAAAUAAUGAGUGAGACUAUACUUUCGUAUUCACUCGUAAUCAUGCAUGCUGACAAGAUUUAUGCUGUCAGGGAUCCUUUUGGAAACAGACCUCUUUGUCUGGGAAAACUGGUCUCACUUGGGUCAAUCAAAGACAACACAAAUAAAAAUGAGGUGACAAGUGGCUGGGUAGUGUCAUCGGAGUCGUGUUCUUUCAACAGCAUUGGGGCCAAAUACUUCAGAGAAGUUCUACCGGGAGAGGUGGUGGAACUUAGCAAAAGAGGAGUAAAAUCUGUGUACAUGGCUCCCAGACUAAACAACAAGGCUCCUGCCACCUGUAUAUUUGAAUAUGUGUAUUUUGCCAGACCAGAUAGCAUCAUGGAAGGACAAAUGGUGUACAGUGUCCGACAGCGCUGUGGUCAGCAGCUGGCCAAGGAGGCACCAGUGGAGGUAGACCUGGUUAGCACAGUCCCGGAUUCUGCUACACCUGCCGCUCUCGCUUACGCAGCUCAGCUUGGAAUUCCAUAUGGAGAAGUCUUUUGCAAGAAUUGUUAUGUUGGAAGAACAUUUAUCCAACCAAACAUGAGACUGAGGAAGAUGGGGGUCAACAAAAAGUUUGGUCCACUGAGUGAUAACAUUAGGGGAAGAAGAAUAGUACUGAUUGAUGAUUCCAUAGUCAGGGGUGUAACCAUGAUCCCCAUUGUUCGCCUACUCAGGGCAGAGGGUGCUAAAGAGGUACACAUUCGGAUUGCCUCUCCUCCCAUUAAAUACCCUUGCUAUAUGGGGAUUAAUAUCCCCACGAAACAAGAGCUUGUGGCCAAUAGAAUCAAGGAGGACAAACUUGCAGAUUACUUUGGUGCAGACAGUCUUCAGUAUCUGACAGUGGAGGGACUUCAACAAGCAGUUGUGGAAGGAAUAGAAGGGGAUGUGCUGGGAAACACUGGUCAUUGUGUGGCCUGUCUCACUGGCAGUUACCCUAUUGAUCUAGAUUGGUGAAAUGUGGAACAAGUCUUUUAAGGAAGAUAUCAACAGGAAAUAUUUUCUAUCUGAAUUAUUUGUAGAAUGAAUUUUAUUUGGUGCUCUACGUAAGGCUAGUUUUUCCUGCAAGCAGAUAUUAAUGCCAAUUAAAUUCCUUAAAAAAUAUUAGAUAUGGAGAAAAAAUGUCAAAAGGGAGCACAGACUACUCGACAAAGUAUAUUAACAAAAUUGCUCAUCACAAAGACAUAAAAUAUAAAUAAAUGUAUGUGACAAAAACCGAACAAAUUAUUUAAAGAACAUCUUUCAUUUAAAGCAGAUUAUUCAAUUUACAAGUUAAUUCUGAGCAUAAUCAAACAGAUUCUAGUGUUUGUCACAUCUCAUUUUGUUUUGAAACAUAUUUUCUACUAUCGGGCUUCUUAGGUAGUGCAAAGCCUUUGUUCAAUUUGUGGGUUUCUGAGGUUAGAUGAGGGCACAAUAAGGGAUCAAAGAUUUAUAUGCUUAUAGGAGUUAUGAAAUUGAUCACUGUUCGUUAUCUUCACCUUGCAUGGUAAUACAUAAUCUUCUUAUGAACAGCUAAGCUAUAAUUAGUCAUAAUAUUAGGCAUCCUCAUGUAGGGCUUAUUCAAAUUUCUUGAAAUCAACGACCUCAAGGGUAGUGUCGGGCCACAAUAGGGGUUCCAUAGGAAAUUUUCAAUACAUGGGAAUCCAUAUAGGAAGAACUUUUCAAACCCAUAUUAGUGAUAGAUUGUUAGAAUGACCAUGGGAAUGAAUUGUGCUACAUUAUUUGCUGACCUGUUUUUGUAUUACUAACCGAUCAUCAGGAGAUGUUUACUCCUACUUCGUCACCUGAUCAUACAACUGGUUGUAAGCUUCUGAUAUAAAAUCUAGUGUUUACACUAGGUACCCUUACUAAUAUUGUAUCUUUUGCAGAAUUUAAAAUGACAGAAAUUAAUAGAAUUUGUGAAAAUCGUGUUUGAUUACCCUAGCGUUUAAUUAAGUAUUUCUAAAGCAAAAUGUGCAUACUGUUUUAAACAUGUGGCUGUAUUUUGAAAUUUGAGGAAAGUCUUCAUACUCUGACUUCAUACACAAUCAAUGUUAUCGUCACCAGUGCAUUUUAGAGUGAUAUCAUUUGACAUAUAUUACAUUAAAUCGAUGAAGGUAUGUGGAUCAUUUCAAAUGUUUCAUUGUUGCAUAUAUUACAUUGCAUGGAAUAAAAUCCUUUGAAA